AUGGGCCCCUGUCUUUUCUUUUUUGUCUUGCUGUUCCUCCUCCUGAAUCCUGGUAGCAGUGCUGCUGUUUCUCUUCAUAAGGGCUCAAGAGGGGUUGUCUCGGGUGUAUAUACACCUGAGUGGGGGAGGCGCAGCAGCCAUGGAGUGCCUGCAGCUUUCCUUACACAUUCUGCUGUAUCGUCUGUAGCAGGAACGUCAGCAGCACGAGCAGCAGCAGCAGCAGCAGCAGCAUCAAGAGCACCAUCCUCGUCAUCAGCAAGAGCAAUAGGAGGACAAGGAGGAAAAGAAGAAGAAGAAGAAAAAAUAAUAUAUGAUGUAUGGUCUCUAUCUGAUCUACCAGCAGGAGAUGCAGAUUUACUGAUUGCUGCAGCAAAAGCAGCAGAUAAACAUAAAGUAGAGGAUGUAGUUUGUUUCUUACGUUGUGCUGCAUGGGGAAGAAAGGAAGAAGAGAGAGAAAGGGAGAGACUGCUGCUGCAGCGUAAGAGGGGACCCCUACUGUCUCCUCAUAAUAGGCCUGUACCUCAGAGCUUUUGUUAUAAUCCUGACUAUUUACUUGAUAAGGAGGAGGCGAUCCUCAACUCGAUCCCAGACACGAUCCCAGAGGCGAUCCCAGAGGCUAUACGAGAUGCCACUGAAGACACGAUCCCAGAAACCAUCGAGGAUACGAUCCCAGACACGAUCCCAGACACGAUCCCAGACACGAUCCCAGACACGAUCCCAGACCCGAUCCCAAAGACGAUCCCAAAGACGAUCCCAAAGACGAUCCCCAAUAAGAAACAAAGGAUGAAGGAAGAUCUUCUUGUCUCUGAAUGGGAGGCCUUCCUCUUAGCUACUUGUCUUGGCCCCACACAUAUAGAUGCUGUAGCUAACACUCUUAUUCAGGAAAUGAUAGAAGAAUUUGGCGAAGAAAUAUACAAAGGAAGAGAUGGUAUAGGAAAUAGCGGAUGGGUAGUAUUGAACUUUAAUCGGGU